AUGAUGGAUUUUGAAGGAUCAACAGCAGCAUCUAUCAAGUACGAAAACGAGGGAAAAAAGGAAGUCGGGUUGUGGCUUAACAACAUAAAAUGCACUGGAAAAGAAUCUACUCUUCUCCUGUGCGGCCACCACGACAUUUCGGAGGGACUACAAAACUGUAAAGGAAAAGGAAAAGCUGGUGUGAAAUGCAAGCCAAAAGGUAGGGAAAUAUCUAAAAUUAUAGCGUAAUAUUGUCUUUAAUCAGUUUAUACGGAUUGUAAGUUAUUUCUAGAUUUAAAAAUUAAUACUGUUAAUUAAUUAUUGCUUUACAUUUUUCUAUAAACAACGGAUCAAUACUUGAGAAUAGUGAAUAUGAAUUAAAUCACUCUGAAUUGAAGAUGGAACAUGGUACAUCAAAAAUAAUAAUACAGCAUGAAAUGAUAAUAACAAUUUAUUCAAAUACUUCCUGUUUUUUUUUUCUAAACCUUGCCGUCACCCCUCUGUUGGUUUGUCUGUUUCCUUAGACAAAGAAAUUGCUCGAUUGAAGUUCAAGAUAUGACGUUAUCAUGAUUGUUUUGUUUUUAAGUCAAUUAAAACGUCAGCCUGCUCCCUCGAUCAAAUGUAUUUCUAGCAGGGGAGGCUAACUUUGUGCAAGCUAUGUAUAGGUCCCCAGAAAGGUCACCCCAGGACACCCGGGAUGGAUUUAAUUUGUACAGUGCCUACGCCUCAUCUCCUUGGCCCUGCCAUUUGGGCGCGACGACUUUCAGCCUUUUUGGUUUAUAUCCUUCGAGUUUGUCAAAGUCUGCUGGAUUUGUUUCUCUAGCUGGGGAAGCUUUAUCUUUUCUAUAUCUAAUGCUACCCUAUUUCUACGAUCCUAGCAUGUUUAUUUACCGUUUUAGUUCGAAUUUCAUGGAAAACAUUGUGUUGGAAGGGAGCAAGGCGGCCGAGAUGUCAUCUUUUGCCUCCUACCUUGUGUGAUGUUGUGUAUUAUAUUGCAUGGAGGGCGAAUUUGAACUAAUUUUCAUGAAACUUCGUUUGAGCAUCAGGGACAACAACAACUGACUGUAGAGCAAGUUUCAUUUUUUCCUUUAUUUAAUAUUUCCCGCUACAAAUUUUAGGAUCGUAUUUUUACCCCAUACAAACACUGAAAUCUUACUCUAGAACCACACUGUGGUUCCAUCACAGAGCCUGGGUUACCUGUGCCUGCCACUCACUUUCUAACACGCAUAGAUCAGUAGUGUCUUUGACCAUUCAGAUUGUAGAAUUCGCGAUAGUAUGCCAGUGAAAUUCUACGAAAAGAAAACAAAUCAUGAAAAGAUUCUAUCAAAACUAGUAAAACGGGUAUAAUUUAAUGAAUAUUCAAUUUUCUUUAAAAUGAAAAUUUUUAUUUCAUUUCCCCUGUUUUUCGAUUCUAAACUAGAAAUUCAGAAAUAAGAACUCUCAAAAGAUUUUGUUUGUACGGCAGCACGUUUGGUUGGUGAUAACAAUAUUGAACCCCAUGGCAGUAAGGGCCGAGUCGAGGUGGUUUACAAUGGAACCUGGAGAAAAGUGUGUGGUGAUUCCUACUACUGGGAUUUCACGCACGCCAACAUUGUCUGCCGUCAGCUUGGAUUUCCAGGGGCUCUGGUGACAGCCAGAACCUCUCAAAGCAGAAGACGUGAUUCGGGCCUAAGAGAAAUGUGGUUUCGAAGUCGAUGUGAAGGAAAUGAGACGGAGGUAACAAAUUGUUAUCACGACAGGUGGUCAAGCUACUGUUCUAACAGAAAGGAAGCGUAUGUGACAUGCAUUACAGGUGAUGAACGUUUUUUGUUUUGACGUGGAAUGUAUGACCACGUGCACUUGACCGUUGAGCAAAACGGCAAGGGGAAACAGCUAGUAGCCUGCGAAAACAUCCGUUUCUCCUCGCUCUUCGCCGCUGGGGUCGACGUUUCGCGAGGAGGAACGUCUGCGACUCAGCGACAGAAAUUCCAUACUGAUGACGCAAAUCAAUGUUUACACAAUAAAUCCGGUAGUCAUGGGGUUUCAAAUACAAAUUUGUCCAAUUUUACGUGUAUUCUGGUCGAUUUUGGUUAAGUGUUGUGUUCAUCUGCCAACGAGCUCCAGCAAAACACAAACGCCACAGGGUCCAGAGGAGAUGUGUUUGUCGUUAGAACAUCAAAACCCGUCGAAAACCUCUGAAAAAAUGGGUUAUUUUGAUCGCGUUACGGUUUCGUUACACAUUCUAUAGACCACAAACCAAGAGACUGAGGGCUCGCAAGAUCGGCUUACAGUAUAAAAUACGGAAAGGGAGGAAACAAAUUUGGGGCCGAUUUUCGAAUCCCUGAAACUCAAAUGGAAUUGAAUGAAAUCGCCUGAUUUUACUAACCUGAUCUAGAAUUCUUAUGUAUUUGCCAAAUACUGUAGGAAAAUGGCAUAAGAAAGCAUUUUCGGCGACCGAAAUUUACGGCUUCUAGAGAGCGCUUUCGUUCGGUUCGCAACAGAUGGUGACGGAAAUGACGUAGUAAAGUAAAUGUGUUCAAGAUCGGAGCAAUAAAAGGGAAGCCUACACGACUUUUACCUCUGCUAAAAUGCUGCUCGUUCCAAUAAAGUUUUUUUCCUCUGCUGGGUAGAUUAUGCUCUGGAAGGUUCUACAGCAAAUGUGAUUUUAGCGGGGAUUUUAGCCGCAUGUUUCACACUGAGAGGUCAUGACACAUAUCGAUUUACUGUGGUUAUUGUUUCUGGUCGGCAGGAUUUGCCCUCUGAUGCAAGCGCAUUUUCUUUGACCUCUUUUGAAGCGUAAAACUUUUUAUUACGGCUGAACAAGGGUUUCCAGUUUUCUCCAAAGUGUCCUCUGGAUCUGAAUAACUAAGCGAUUUUCUUUAGUCCGUGAAUGUAAUGUUUUUCUUCAAUGCUGUAUCACGCUGGGCCCAGCUUGUUAGUUUUGUUUGGAGAAUGUUAAAUUAUUACGGAUAGUGAUUUACGGGUCGUGUGUACUCUUGCAAUAAAAAGUGACACUGAGUAGAACGGGCGUACAAGUCAACUGUAAUAUCAUCACGACUGUGCCAUUCUUCGGUGGUCCAACUAUAUUACCUCUUGCGUCUUUGGCUGUGCGUUUUGCGACUACUGGGAAGCCUUCGCACAAGCAAAACCUGCUUAAGACAUCGAAGACUGUUGAAACGUACAACAAAUGUCCAGUUUUGAAAGAUCUUCACUUCAAUUAAAACUCUGUUUUUUUCGCAUAGAUCUCUGAGAUCUUUAAAACUCUCUCCGCAGCUGAUGUUUUGAUUCUCGAAUCAGCAGCGGUCUGUUGCUUUUGCGUUUCCGGUCUCAUUCCGACUUCCGUCACCGAGUGCUGCGGUUCACAUAGAACGAAGUCACGUGCUACAAGUUUCCUCCCUUGUGCUUUCUUUUACUCGGCACUUCGGGCGACGUGCCGUGCGCCAGCGAGGAUAUGGCUUGCGUUUAUUGAUUUUCAAAAGUCGAUCUGGGUCAGAUAAGAAGCGAAGAAAUCGUUUACAGUAGAUUUAAAAAAGAUCCCGGCAUUGGGCUAAUUAAUCUUGCUAAGCGACAGGUAUAGACAUUUUUCAAGGUAAGUAAUUCAUUUAUUCACACGAAACUCCUCUAAACCCUGUGAAACGCUUCUUCUAGAGAAGAGUAUAUUACAAAAAUUUUGACUGUUUUGCUGUAGAUUAUUCGCGUUUAUAUUUGACCUUUGUGGCCUUUUGUCUUUUGUCUGUCAUUCGUGAACAAUAGCUAAAACAAUGUAACUACUCCGUCGACCAAUCAGCGCUUCUGACCGGAUUCCGGACAGAUUUUACGUCAUCAGUAUGGAAUUUCUGUCGCUGAGUCGCAGACGUUCCUCAGCGCGAAACGUCCCCAGCGGCGAAGAGCGACGAGGAACGGAUGUUUUCGCAGACUGAACAGCUAGAAGUACAUAAGGUUUUUGUAAUAUAAAGUUGUAUUAACUGGCAAGUACUCAAUUAGAUAUAGCAAUCUGAAAUAAAUACUAAAUUUAGAGAAAUAUUUAGUUCUAGUGAGCUCACUCAGUUAUGUCAUAGGAACAUAGAUUGGUGGCAAUUUUAUAAAUUAAAAAGUCUACUUAGAAGGUAUGUCAUUCUCAGCGAAGAGGCGCUUUAUUUAUAUAUUUAUCACAAUCUAUGGUCAAAGGCCAAAGGAUAAUCUGUAAAGGAGUCAUGAUCGUAAAAACCAUAUGAAAACAGAUCACCUAUAAAAGGGAAAGUACGUAAAUUCGGUAUAAAACAUCGGUUUGAAAGUAAACAACGCGCACACUGACAAAACAGAAAAAUAUGAUAUAUUUUAACAGUUCAGAAAAAAAAUGUUUCUUAGAGUCGCUUACAGCACGUUUCAAAUGUUUGAACGUGGCGUUUACUGGAGUCGGGGGUUGUCACUUGAAAGCAGCUGUCGCACAAUUGAAGUUGGACGGUAUAAUAGCUAGAGAGAGGUUUAAUAUUCACAUAGUUAGCUGAAACCUAUGCUGUUUGCUGCUGAGCUUGAGCUUAGCUGAGCUUCAUAUAUAAUUCCUUUUCUUUAUAGUCUUUAUUUUAAUUUUUAGCUCGUUUAGUCGGAGGACAGACACCCAGUGAAGGACUAGUGCAAGUUUACCAUAACAAUACUUGGGGCUGGGUUUGCGCAGAUCAUUGGAACAAACGAAAUGCUGAUGUGGCGUGCAGAAUGAUGGACUUUAAUGGAUCAUUAUCAUUAAAUUUUAGUCAUAAAGAUGUUAAGACAAAUUUCAAGGUCUUGCUCAACAAAAUUAAUUGUUUUGGAAAUGAAAGUUCUCUGUUUGAGUGUCGUCACGACGGUCUAAGAUCACAAAACUGUGAGCCGGGAUUGAGGAAAGCUGGUGUAAUUUGCAGAUCAAAAGGUAAGAUAGGGAAAUACAAUUCCGCGUUUAUCUGACUCUAGUACACUGUAAAUUAAAGAGUUCCUUCAUAGUAUCUUCUCUCAAAGCGUAAGUUUCAAAAGGAAUACUUGCAUUGCACUGUGAACGAUCGUCGCAAGAGGUACAAAAACAAAAGCUAGACUACUACCGCAGUUAAACACACUUUAUCUUCUUGGCUACCGUACCGUACAGUUUCGUCGUUUGGAUCAUGUUUACCCCAAAGCUUUAAGUCUAUCGACCCUACAGUCUCCAGCAUGCGAACAAUUUUGUCUUUGCCACUUCGCUUUGACCCUUGGUGUUGAAAAGUCAGUCUAGAAGGCGAUGUUUCAAGUUGCCAAAGGUUUAUUUUACCGAACGUAAAAACCAAGUAACAACGCAUAAACUGAAUUAGACGCGUGCAAUAGAUGCAUGCAAGUGUACACACAACAGUCAGCGGUAGUCGGGACAGCGCAUGAGUAACCGGCAUGUUCUUUUAGAAUUUAGAUGUUGCAAGCCUGAAAACGCGCGUAGGAAUUGAUGAAAUCUCGAAGUAUUUUACAAGUCAAAAGAAAAAAAGUCCAGUAACCUCCUAUUUUUAUUGCUCUAAUCUUUUGUUAGGAAACAAAUUCUUGGGGAAGAAGGUCACUGUCCAUUUUCCAAUUUUUUUUUAAAAUUUUUUAAAGUUAUCGUCCAAAAAGAAAGUAGGGUUCACCGGCCUAGUUUUCUGGUAAUCAGUGCUAGAAGCUAAAAGUACAUCCCAAAAAAGCCUCAAGAUACGUUGCCAUGGUAACUGCUAAUGACGUAAUAACUGUUGUCUUAAGUUAAGCAUUCAUUGUAUAAUCCAGCUCUACAAGACCCUACAAAAGUACUGUUAUAUGGCUUUGGUUUGCUUUUCUUUUUUUUUUUAGAAUAGAUCACUACGCUUGCAAUAACAAUAGAGUCAUGGCCACCAUCACAAGCUUAUUGUAAAAUCUUCAUUUUUAAUCUCAGUGCCAGUCUUUGUUUUUGUAUUGAUGGACAUAACUUUGUGGUUUUAUAUUUAUGUCUGUUUAAACUAAAAUAGUUUUUACGUUUGUCUUGCCGUAAUGAGUGCGAUUUUAGUGCCUAUAUAAAGUCAUGUUUUUACUUAUCGACUCUACCUUGCAUGCAAAUGCGGAUUCAUGGGGGAUACGGUUUGUGUACGAAUUGCUUACUAUUUCUUUUGAGAAGUUUGAAAACCAUAAUUCAGGGGAUCACCUCAUAAUUUGCAUAAUUUGGCGAAGAGGCAUUUGAAACGGAUUGUUUUGAUCAGUCGUCAUGAAACUUGGCAAACAGUUUUAGCUCAGUAGCCUUAAGAAUAUGUGACAUAAUUAUUGCUGAAAUUUUAGUCACGUGACCUACAAAUGAUCGUUAAUGGUCAAAGCGGGGGAAAGGAAAUGAAAGAGCAGCAAAUAUUCUUAGGCACCAGUGUUUUUCCCACUGAAAUAGUCUUGCGUGUAUGCCUAAGUGGAGCAAUGAUUACGCCAUAAAAUUAAAGAUAAACAGGUCAAGUGACUUAUAAAAGACUAUAAUAACUCUUAAUAGAAAUGCUUUAAUCCACGUCGCAAGGCUGAUUGGCAAUCCAGACAGCUGAUAAUUUGAUGACAAGUAUUUUUAGCCUGAAGUUUAACAGCCUUGCCCCGUUUGAGAAAACAUGUUUUGUGGCGUCAUGGUCCAAGGAAUGUCACGUGAUACUUGAGAUGAAAUUUCCAAAACUAUUUUAAUGAGAUAUUUCUUAUCAUAUCUUUGUGGAACCCUUUAUAUGGAUCCUUCUGCGUCAUUAAGAUCUUUGCAUUCUCUGUGGGGGGUCUUUUUAGCCUUUCAACCCAUGCCUUAACUCUGACUUUCGAACCAUACAUGCAUGUACUGCAGUGCAAGGCAACAUAGUUCCCAGCCACAGUUUUCUGGUCCUGGAAACAGAACUGUUUAAACUAAACCCUAUAUGUUCAGAUAAGUCUUCUUUACACGGCAGUUCGAUUGGUUGGUGGACGUAAUGUGUCAUCGCAAGGCCGCGUGGAACUGUUCUAUAAUGGAACAUGGGGAACAGUGUGUGGCCAGAACUGGAAAUUAAGGGAUGCCAAUGUAGUUUGCCAUCAACUUGGCUUUGAAGGAGCUCAAUCUGCAUUGAUCCAGACAUACACAGUUUUUGGGCGGGGAAAAGGAAACAUUUGGUACUUUCAAUUACGGUGCAUAGGGAAUGAAAGCUCAUUAACAGACUGUGGACAAGGCGUGUGGUAUUCCAGCUCUUGUAGCUCUCACUAUGAUGACGCUGGUGUGGUAUGCAGAACAGGUACAAAAAGUUAUAAAACAGUGAAUCUGUUUAUAUUGUUUUGCCAAAAAUUUUAUCAUGUGCAAAAGUUACCUAUCGCAAGACAAGCAAGGAAACAAAAAUAAACACUCGCUUGUUUCUAUUCUAUCCAUCAGCUCGUUUGGUGGACGGACGGCAAUCCCCCCGAGAAGGACUGGUACAAGUUUAUUACAACAAGACUUGGGGCUGGGUUUGUGCCGAUCAGUGGGACAAAAAAGAUGCUGACGUGGCUUGCAGAAUGAUGGACUUCAACGGAUCACUGUCAGCGUUUUAUGACAGCGAAAAAAUUAUGCAGACAAAUCCUGCUGUGUGGCUUAAUAACAUGCAGUGUACUGGAAACGAAAGUUCUCUCUUUUUCUGCAAGCAUGGCGGUUUGGGAUCUCAUGAUUGCAAGGCAAAGGCUGGUGUAAUAUGUCGACCGAAAGGUAAAACUGAAACCCAAGAAACCAAAAGUAAAAGAAAAUAAGGGAAAGGUAAAAGAAAAAGUGGCAAAUAUCUUUUUGAACUUUUCAUAUUACACGUAUUUGGAUUGGUAAUUGCAAUAAGUUUAGUCAUGAAGUACUCUCCUUCCUCAUAAUCAUCUUCCGAACGAUCAUUUACUCGGAUGACUCGAAUUCCCCGCUAACUCGAACUGUUUUUCCUUUCCCUUCAGAGGUCGUCCGGGGUUCUACCGCAAAUAUGUAGUAAUAGUAAUAAACUAAACAAUUAAGAUAUAUAGUUGAGGUAAACAAAUGGCAUAACUAAUUUGUUUCUUAAUGUAAUUGUGUGGCAGAUAUUUAUGAACUUUCAAGGAACCUUCACGGGUAAACUAAAUUCCCUCCACAAUUAUAUAAAAUUAAUUCUACAAUUAUAUAGUACUUGAUCACGUAAUUACUCUAGAAUGUGGCUGCAUGUAUUUACCCCUCUCUAGAUUUUACAGUUCAUUUUUGACUAGAUGUACUUCACCCCCUUGCUCUCAUGCAAGUACAUUAUUAUACCCUGUCGACCCACUCAGAAGAAUUUUGUUGUUUUUUGUUUACUCUUGAGAACAAGGUAAAGGUCGAUGUAGUUCAACCGGCACACUUAAUAAUACCAGCCCUAAUAAAGGCUUUCUCUCAAUGUACAGUUCGAUUGGUUGGUUGGAGUAAUGAUUCGUUUCAAGGCCGAGUGGAAGUGUACGUCAAUGGAACCUGGGGAGGAGUGUGUGGAUACCAUAACUACUGGGAUUUAAAGGACGCCAACGUAGUUUGCCGUCAACUUGGGUUCAAGGGAGCUAUUGCAGCAGUUACAUCCUCGGAUUUCCCCCAAAACAAUUUGAUACCUAACCUACAGUGCAAGGGAAACGAGACGUCAUUGACAAAGUGUGAACAUGUGGUAGCUCCCAAAGGCAAAUACUGUUCCUACAACAGGGACGCAUGUGUAGUGUGCAUUACA